AUGCUUCGCCACAACUCCCUCAUGUCGAGGCGAUUGAUGUCGCAGCUUCCUAGCCACUUCAGCAACCCUGGCAACCCUCCAGCUCCAUACGGGUCUGUGCCUAAUGCCAAUGCAGACAUGGCUCUGCCUCAGCCAAUCAGCCAAAGCCAUUCAGGGCAGUCCAUGCCUCCACCCAACUCCACACCAAACUUCCCAGACCCUAACAGAUCGCUGGGGGCACGUACGUUGUGGGACUUGCUUAACUUUGCAGCCACGCUUGGAAUUGCGUACUAUGCUUAUGAUAACUAUGUGGCUAAGGUGAAACUUGAAAAAGUGAUCAAACAGACCAACGCCAUCAACGCCAAGGCCAUGCAACAACAACAGCAAAUAGCUGCAAAAUACAAGGCACAAUACGAACAGCAUUUAAGAGAGGUUAGCCGGGCGCUGCACAGGGCCACGUUCAAGAUGGGUGUUCAUAUUUCCAUGCUUAAAAAACAGCUUAUUGACGCUGGUCUUGAUCCUGUGAAGGCUGACCAGGCGGUGGAGGAGUACCGCCAGUCGGUGAGAUCUAAGGUGGUCAAUGACGUGGAAUACUUGUGGUUGGACAGGUCGUCGCCUUACAGCCAGCUAACGCCUCAUUUGCGUGAGUACAUGGCAGGCCUUCAGCACGAGAAAGACGACCCAAGAAAAUAA